UUGUAUGUAAAGUAAUUUGCAAAAUUUAAAGUACUAUUUAAAUGCUAAAUAUCUCCGGAGUGUGUAACAUAGAAGGAUAUAUUCUGCUGAGAAAUAGUCUGAUAGUUAGACUAUCAUUUCCCUUGCUCUGUAUGCCAUUCCUUCUUGAAUGCAAUCCAAGAUUUAUUCUUUUGUUGUUGUUGGUGGUGGUGGUGGUGUGUGUAUUGGAGGAGAGUUUGGUUUUUUUAUUUUUUAACCUGUCAUAUUGCCCUAUUGAUUUGCCCCUGUGCUGGCAGCCUCCAGGUUCCCUCCACUUUAAUCUUUUCCACACCCAUUACCUGGCUAUCAGAACUUUAUAUAUUUAUGCCUUGCUGUAUGUAAAAGUUUCUAAGAUGCUGUUUAGAAGUAAAAAACAUUUUAAAUGUUUUAGAGUUCAGUCUUUAAAACAACAAUGCAGUGAAUGGUUUUGUAAUGUAAUCACAUUUGUGAACUCUUCCCUUAAUGUUUCUGUGAAGUAAAGUUUACGGUUAUGAGGCUAGGUCACUAGUAAUAAUAGAAAUAGUGGCAUGUAUUAGUAUGUUAAGCAUCAUUGAUCCCUUCAGUUUUAUCCACAGAUCUAUCAGUUCCUUUCACAGAUUAGAAGCUUUUGUCUGUUUAUGGAUUUGACGGAGGACAGAGAGGUUAAGUAACACCAGGAACUGCUCACUCACACAACUAGUGUUAGAGGCAAGUUUUGAAUUGAAGGCUGAUAUUCCUGUCUUCAAGUGCAGCACUCUGUAUCAUCACACCAUUGCCUCUCCCAGGUUAUUUUCAUGUUUAUAGAGCACUUGCUAUAUUAAACUACAAUUUCCUCAUAGCAGCUCUGUAAAUUAAAUAGUACAAGUUGUGUUAUCCUCAUAUCAUAGAUGAUCAAAUAUAAGGCCUAUUGGUGACUGUAGUGUUAGUUCACAAGGAAUUGGAUAGUUUUAGGUGAUGUUUUCAUUAGGCUCUACCUGGCAAACUAAUCAAAAUACUCAUCAGUUAAUCUCUGCACUUAUUUCCUUGUUUACUGCUGAAAAUACACAGCAGAAUUAUUUCUUACUCUCCUUUGUUAUAGACUCCCUGAAGACCAUCAUUGUUUUAACAAUUCCUUGAGAUUAUUUAGAUCACUGCUUAUUUUACAAAUAUAAAAAUGUUUUCAAAAUAUAAAAUAUUCUUCAAAAUAUAAAAACUUGGGUCUGAUCAGAUCAAAGGGAAUCUAAUUCAAUGUAUUCUUCACUAUAGAAAUCUUCUCUGCUUCAAUAAUAGAUUGAAUCUGUCGUCUAUUUGAACACUUCAGUGAUUAGAAACCCAUUUUGUUUCACAUCACUCUUUUCUCACACUUGUAUUACAAGCAAACUGAAUUAUUAACUGUCAGUCUCUUUCAAGGUUCAGCCCAUAUGCCAUCUUAUCUGGGAAUUCUCUCUCUUGCCAAUUUCCAAUAUUACUGAUGAUUUUCUCCCUUCUCAAAUUAUUUUUCUUUUAUUUAUAUUUUAUCCUUUUAGUAGAAAAUAAUCCUUAAUCUUCUCAAGUUCUUUUUCCUUUUUCUUUGUAUUUCUAGUUAGAUAUUGAAUUGUAUUUGGAAACAUUACUGACUAUUACUUAGUGUGAAAUACUUCUAAAGAUGGCUGAUUUCAUUAAUUUUAUGUUACUACAUACCUUCACUUUCAGAGAAUUAAAUUCUCUGAUCUUAUUCCCACUUUGUGGAGAUGUACAGAAUAUUGAGAAUGCAUAUUUGGAUCUCUAUGAAUUUGUUGUACUCCAGUGGAACUGAGACCAAAAGGUCUAAGAAAAAUCUGCAAAAAAUAUGGACCUUCUUACUAUUUUACAUCACUAUCAAAUGCUUUUUUAUCCACCAACAAAAACACAGUGGAAUCUUGUGUUCUCUACAUCUUUAAUCCAUUGUGAAUUAGAAUGUAUAGUUCAUUAUGAAAUGUUGCUUUUGAAAGCUGAUACCUGGUUUCCAGUAUUUUCUUCAGAGAGAUUUGUCCCAGUUACAUAGGCCCAGGGUUUUAAUGCCAUUAUGUUAACAGUGUUGCUUACAAUUUUGCUUAGUCCAGAAGGCAGAGUAAGGAAUCAGUGGAUAGAAGUGUCAGAGCGUCAAGUUUAAGAUAUUUAAGUUAAGAAUAUCUUCCUAAUAAUCAGUUAUGCAAAAGUGGAAUGAGUUGCCUUAGAAGGUAAGAGUUCUUUAGGUGACAUGGAUGUCAAUGGUUUCCAUGUAGGUAGGAGAAAUGCUGCCACAAGUUCAGGUAUUUAACUUGGAGGGGUCAGUAGAAUUCAUGCAGAUUCAUGCCAACCCUCAAGAGGAUCUAGAAUCCACUCUGGUAGAAAAUCCCACCCUGGACCUGGAACAGGAGCAUCUGGUGCAUUUUGGGCUGCUGCAGUUUUUCACAGAUCACUGCCCACAUCUUCAGAUAGAGGCCCUGAAGAUCAUGUCCUUUGUGCAGAGGGCCUUCAAUGUGGACGUUUAUGAGUAAAUAACUUUACUGGAAGGCCAUCAGAGAGCUAUAGAAUGUUCCUGAUGUUGGAGUGAACCCUCCCUCCCCCCUCGGUAUGACUUGAGUGGAAACAGAAAAAAGGCAGUGCUAAAACUGGAGAACUACAAAGGGAACUCCAUCAAGGAGAGCAUCAGACAGGGGCAUGAUGACGUCAUUGACUGUAAUGAUUUCAGCAAUUCCCUCAAAUGUAACUCUUGGCCUUGGGAUUAUUGCGCCAGCACUAAACAUGUCAUCCAUAUGUAACUCAGCAUAAUCAAGAUGAGUGUGUACCUGUAAAAUUGGUCUUGAGCUAUGUCAGAAAAGCUGAGUUCUCCUGAGAUUUCUGAACAGUUAGGGGAAAGGAACAGCCAGACACAAGCUUCUUACCAAUUUGUUAUUUGUUAUUUGUUUGGUUAAGUGUAAGUGGUUGUUCCGAUCUGUAUCUGUGCUUGUGCAAGGAGAAUAUGUUCAGGUUACUCAUAUUAGCAUUAUAUCUUCUAAAUAUUUAUAGAAUUGUCCAAUAUAGGGUUAGGGAUUUUGAUUAAUUGUUGGUAUUAAAUAUUAGGUAAGUUUGAGCUUUAACGCUUUCUUAAUUGAUGGCUGCUCUUAGACCUACAAUGUUUUGUGUGUAUUUCAUUAUCCUCUAGGAAAGUUUGUCUACAUAUCAAAAGAGUUGUCCCUCUUUUGAGUAACAUUUAAAUUUAAAUAGU